AAGGAAAAGAAUAAAAUUAAAAAAGGAAAGAAAGAAUAAAUAUUCUUCUGGGUUGGUAUGCUGCCGGUAGCUGCUGCCAUGCCAUUUCCUUUUCCAUCUUUUACUUGAUCCGAUCUCUCACACCACAAACCCUAAUUUUCUUCCUCUCCACUUUUUUCCCCAAAUCUCAAUAACAUGGCUUCUCAUUUACUCAAUCACUCCAAAAAGUUACGAAAUGCUUCGAGCUUGUUACACCAGGACCGUGCUCUUUUGAUUCGUUGGUUUUGCAGCGAUGUUCAACCUUCAUCUAUCAACCGAAAUCGUGAUGUGCGGAAAACUCGAUUACAAGAUUGUGAGUCUUCAGCGAGAAACCGUGUCUCUGAAUCAGCUCCCAGCUUUACUAAAUCAUCUUUUGGUGUACAGAAGAGAAACAUGUCCACCACGAAAAGGGGUUACAUGAGGGAGUCGUUGUUGAAUGGAGAGAUUUCACAAAAUUCACAGGUUAUGUCAAGGAGAGGCUAUGCAUCAGCUUCAGAUCUCCCCCCACACCAGGAAAUUGGAAUGCCUUCUCUCUCGCCUACAAUGACAGAGGGUAACAUUGCAAGAUGGUUGAAGAAAGAAGGUGAUAAAGUUUCUCCUGGUGAAGUGCUUUGUGAAGUUGAAACUGAUAAAGCUACAGUUGAAAUGGAGUGCAUGGAGGAAGGUUAUCUGGCCAAAAUAGUACGUAAGGAGGGAGAGAAAGAAAUUAAAGUUGGUGAGGUAAUUGCUGUAACUGUUGAAGAUGAGGAGGACAUUGCAAAAUUUAAAGAUUACCAACCUUCAGCAUCUGAAUCUAGUGCCCCCCCUGCCAAAGAAUCAUCUGCCCCACCUCCCCCAAAGAAAGAGGCGGUAGAGGAGCCUGCCCGAGAACCUGAGCCAAAGGCUUCCAAACCUAGUGCACCACCUUCAUCUGGAGAUCGCAUAUUUGCUAGUCCCCUUGCGAGAAAGUUGGCUGAAGAGAAAAAUGUGAAUCUCUCCAGCAUUAAAGGAACUGGACCUGAUGGACUCAUUGUCAAGGGUGACAUUGACGAUUACUUGGCUUCUGGUGCCAAAGAAGUUUCAGCACCCUCAAAGGCCAAGGCUGCAACAGAUGCAGCAUUGGAUUAUACCGACAUUCCUGUCUCUCAGAUAAGGAAGGUCACAGCUUCACGUUUGUUGCUAUCAAAACAAACAAUUCCUCAUUACUAUUUGACUGUAGAUACAUGUGUUGACAAACUCAUAAGCUUGCGUGCCCAACUCAAUUCAUUGCAGGAAGCCUCUGGUGGUUCCCGCAUAUCAGUAAAUGACCUUGUAAUCAAGGCUGCUGCUUUGGCUCUCCGUAAAGUUCCUCAGUGUAACAGUUCAUGGACAAAUGACUAUAUUCGCCAGUAUCAUAAUGUGAAUAUUAAUGUUGCCGUGCAGACUGAUCAUGGACUCUUUGUUCCAGUAGUCAGGGAUGCAGACAAGAAAGGUCUCUCUACAAUAGGUGAAGAGGUGAAACAGUUGGCAAAGAAAGCCAAAGAAAACAGCUUGAAACCCCAAGAUUAUGAGGGAGGUACAUUUACAGUGUCUAACUUGGGAGGGCCAUUCGGUGUCAAACAGUUCUGUGCCAUUGUCAAUCCUCCUCAAUCUGGCAUUCUUGCAGUUGGAUCUGCUGAGAGGAGGGUCGUUCCAGGUUCGGGUGCUGAAGAAUUCAAGUUUGCUUCCUUCAUGGCUGUGACCCUAAGUUGUGAUCAUCGAGUAAUAGAUGGGGCGAUUGGUGCGGAAUGGUUAAAAGCAUUCAAGGGCUAUAUUGAGAACCCAGAAACCAUGCUGUUGUAAAAGUAAAUAGAAGGCUCCGAUGAAGUACUCAAUUCCUUUUUUCGAGUGAUAUUGUAGGCCGGGGAUGAGAUUUGGUCACCUGGUAUUUCCCAUUUGGGUUUGGUUGAUUGUAUCCCUGACCAAUUUUUGAUUUAAGUAUUUAUUCUCUUAAAAUAAAUUUUGCAAUCUGUAAUUUUUUAAUAAGUGAGAGGGUAGAUAAGGCAUUGAAUUUUGAGCCCUGAAAUCGUGUCAUAAGACAAAAAUGCUGCCCCGUUAUACAAGCAGAUGAGGAUCUAACAUUUUCUUUUGUUAGAUGGUGUGAAUAAUUGAAAGAACACAUUUAUUUUAUUGGCA